AUGGCCAGCCAGCAAGGUGGACCGAGCGCUCUCGCCCCCCAUGAUGCAAGGGAGGCGAGUGUCACUGCGGAUGCGACGCCUGACUCGCCCUAUUCGAGCGACGAGGAACGAAACAGCCAAGAUUUUACUUGUCGCUGGCGAACGCCCGAAUUUCACGACCAGGAGUGCUAUCGAUACUUUGACUGCCCGUCUCACCUGGUGGAGAGGCGACUCUCUAUAGACGGCACCGACGAGCCAAGAGAGAGCGCUGCCGAAGCGACCGAAAUUCGAGACGAUCUCGUUUCUCCCAGAAGUUCGAUCGACGAAAUCCCAGAAUCAGAACAAGAAGAUACGGCAGCCGAACAGCAGCGGGGUGAAAAUAGUCUUGUUACGGAUCCUUUGGCGUCCUCGUCAGAGAUAACAUCUGGGCUGGCGGCUGAGAGAAGAGAGAGCCACACAACGAGGACGUCAACAGCGGAUCCUGCGGCUCUACCCGCUAGAACAUCAUCGUUGCCGAUCAGAACUCGCAUUUCCUCCAGAAGUAUCGACUUGCGGCCAGCCGGCUCGGCCAGCAGUGAAAGCUGGGGCGAGCUUUUUGAACAGCCCAGUGGAGCAAUGUCUACCAGCGCGCCGGCUGCGGAUAUGGCAGAGAACACCUCGCCCAGGAUGUCCGCACGAGACCAGCUAUCAGCCAUGUACGCUGUCGAUACGGAUAGAAUAUCGAAUGAGAAUACUCUACACCACCAUUCUCUGACAAGGUCGUCUGAACGUGAGCGCGAACGCCAGUCGUCGGUUGUUCUUCCUAGGUGGCAGCCCGAUGGCGAAGUGACUUACUGUCCUAUAUGUCGCACUCAGUUUAGCAUUUUUGUGCGCAAACACCACUGCAGAAAAUGCGGGAGAGUUGUUUGCAACUCUUGCUCCCCUCACAGGAUCAUCAUUCCGCACCAGUUCAUCGUCCGGGCACCUGGCUCCGAGGUGCCACUUCCUCCAGCACUGUUUUUCGAUAGUUCGGGUGGUGGUUAUGUUGACAUGAAUGGACUAUCCGGCGGCGAGCGAGUGCGUCUCUGCAACCCAUGUGUUCCUGAUCCCAAUACAGCGCCUCCGCAAAGCCCCGGCUCUCCCGGGUUGUCACCACGUACGGCACGACGCAGGUCUCGGAAUAGCACGGGCAGCGGAUAUCCGCCUUCACCUUCUGUCAACAAUCGAUACGGGGGAGUGUUUGCAGCUGGUCAGAGUAAUGAUCCUUACCAGUUCUACACCUCCAGGACAAGGAGCAUCACCAUGGAUCCAACCGGACAAAGAGCAGGAGGGGCUUCAUCCUCGUCAUCCUCACGCCGGCGCAGCAGUGCCAAUUAUGAGGUUUCAUCUUUGAAUCGCCUGCUGGCCGCUGGACCAUCGCCCUUUAAUAUGCAGAACCAGCACCAUAUUCAUCGACGACGUUUGACCGGAGAGCCGGGCUCGUCAUCUCGACAAAGGGCAUUGCCUCUCCCUCCCCAAAUUGCAGAAGAGGAUGAGUGUCCCAUCUGCCAUCUGGAGCUACCAUCUAGGGAACUACCCAACUUUGAAGCCUUACGAGAGUCACAUAUCACCACAUGUAUCCAAUCUCACAGCACCUACGGCAGCCCUCGCGCAGCGCCAGACAGCGCCACACCACCUCCUCCCCCGCGGCGCACCGGCAUGUACACGUAUCCCGCAACGGAGAAAGACUGUGUCGACGACGCGGAGUGCACUAUUUGUUUAGAAGAGUUUACGGUUGGCAUUCCGAUGGCGCGACUUGAGUGUCUUUGUAGAUUUCACCGAUCUUGUAUUUCAGCCUGGUUUGUCAAUCACCCGGGAAGAUGCCCGGUGCAUCAGCAUGACGGGUUCGGGUACUAG